GAUGGGAAAGAAAUUAAAACAACAAAAAUUGAAAAAGGAAGACAAAAGUCGUACUUCAUUUUUAAAAAUAAUUGAAAAUGAACCAAAAACCAAAGAUGAAAAGGACUUAGAAAGUUUAAUCUUUGGAAAAUCUCAGCCGAGUGAACAUAAUCAAAUAUUAAACGAAAAGAAGGCAGAAGCUGAUGUUACUGAGCAAUCAGAUAAAUUACCUGAAGCGGCAUGGAUUGAUGAAGAUGAUGAAGACGAUGACGAAUAUGAAAUAACUGAAAGGCUGGCAACCCGGAAAAGAAAACUUAAGAAAACUGUCACGAAUGCAUCCUAUUCGAAAAUAUUGCGUAAAAAUUUUGAAGACGCUAUGGGGAAAAAAACUUGGGCCGCUCAAAAAAUAAAUAAAAGAAGGAAAUCAGAGGAAAGCGAAGACGAAAGUGAUAUAGAAGAACUUUUGAAAAGCACUGAUACCUAUUUAACAAACAAAUCAGGAACUCUUUCAGCUGGACUUCUUCACAUCAAGCGCGUGACAGAUGCAAAUAAGGAAAGACGUUCGAAAGGACAGUUGAGAAAUGUUGAAUUUCAUCCUAAUGCGCAAGUCUUUUUAAGUUCCGAUAAAGUAGAAAAUUCUGUAAAACUUUUUGAAAUCGAUGGUAAAUAUAAUCCCCUAAUACAAACUGUGGAAUUGAAGAAAUGUCCUAUUUAUUCGUGUCAUUUUACAAAGAAUGGCAAAGAAAUAUUGAUUGGAUCAAAAGGAAAUGCAUUUCACUGCUACGAUAUGAUUGAAGGGAAGAUUAAUCGAAUAAAUCAUCUGAGAAGAAGCAACGAUUUAGACACAACAUAUUUUAAAGUAUCUCCCUGCGGUAAAUAUUUCGUUGUGCGUGGUAAUAAUGGAUUUAUGCAUGUUAUAACAACGGAUACAAAAGAAAGAAUUGAUUCAUUAAAAAUGAAUGGAAAAGUAUUAGAUUUCGAUUUCAAUUCGGACGGAUCUCGACUCUAUUCUUGUGGCAACGAUGCAGAAGUAUACAUUUGGGACCUCAACAGGCGACAGUGUCUAAGGAAAUUCAUUGAUGAAGGUGCUUUAAUAGGGACGUCUAUAGCAGCAUCUAAAAAUGGACAAUACUUAGCCUGCGGCUCAUCAACCGGUGUAAUCAAUAUAUACGAUCAGGACGGUUUGGAUUGCGGUACAGCAACGCCAUCUCCCGUCAAAAGUUUGAUGAAUUUAACAACCAGUUGUACACUUCUGAAAUUUAAUAACACAAGCGAGAUUUUAGCCUGCGCAUCGGAGUCAGAAGCCAAUGCUUGCAAACUAGUGCAUGUGGAGUCUUUGACAGUUUUCUCAAAUUUUCCACCGUUUCGUAAACGUCUGGGAGUUCCAACAUGUUUAGACUUUUCAUUGAAUAGCGGUUACUUUAGCGUAGGAAACCGCGGUGGAAGAGCAUUUUUAUUUAGAUGCUUGGCGCGCAUUGCAAUAGCGGCGGCCAACGGUAGAGUUUGUCCUUGCAAUUGCGGGCGUUAUAUGGAUACGACUGCAAUCACUCUGCUGCAUUGGCAGGAUUUCGAAGCCGAUCCAACGGUUUUGGAUGACGUUGUAAAAAAGAAUGACGAUAAUACAGAAGAAUGCUCCCAUUUAUAUUUAUACGACGAAGAUGGUUUAAUAAGCAGCCGUCGCAGAGAAAUGCUGGAGAAUUUACGAGAAAAUUAUCUCAGUCAGCCUAUAGUGAGAAAGGUCGAUGCCGAGUGCAUUGUUAAAGUGGGAGACAAUCUUACUAUAAGGAUAAGUGGUAAGAAAACUGAUUUGUAGUUUAGUUUUGAAUUAACAAGCUAAAUGAAAAAAUGAGUUGAAAUAAGAGAUUUUCCUGAAACGAUGUAGCCCUAUUUAAUAUCACACCCCGCAGCAAAACUGGCUGUAAUUCUCAAUACUGCGCACGACGCAAUUCGUCAACCGCUCCUAGGCAUGCUGGAACAAAUUGGAAGACUUAUAGAAGAAGGCGAAUCCUUUUGCGUUGAAAUGAUGUUCCACGAAAUAGUAGAAGAAUGGUUUAAAAAUUGGAUUGGUCAACAAUUAGAUGAAAACGGCAGUGGACUACGCAGCAUGUUAACUGACUGUCCAAUGAUGGGAAGUAGACAUAUUGGCAGUUGUAGGACAGAGGGGGCUUGCUUUUAUAUUACAAAUAGAACCAGGAAGAGACGCUUAUGUUGUUAUGACAACGCAGAAAAAGAAGCUGAUUAUUCGGCAAAAGUUAUCGUAUCGACAGAUGACGUACUUGGUUCAAGUAUAACUGCUGAUAGUAUGGUUGUAAGAAUACAAAGUUCUUCAGAAUCCGCUUGCUUAAAGUACCUAAGAAGAAGGAAAAAUUUAUGGACCAAUAGUGCCACCUAUCGCCGCUUCGGUAAAGGCGUUCAGUUAAGUGUUGCCAAAGAUAACGAUAAAGAAAAUUUAAUCAGGACCAAUUCUGAGCUUGUAUUCUAAUGUUAAAACAUUUGCUUUAAUAAAACAUUCAUAUACUG